AUGUCAACUGGAGAUUUCCAAAAGGGCCACAAGAGGAAAAAUAGUCAUUUAUUCAUGGAUCAAGUAACUUCAGGAGCAUCAGUAAAUUUAUAUGAUAUUGAGCUUGCUAACAUUGAUGGAAAUUCUAGCUCAAGCGUGGCUAAUCCUGCCAGUCUCUCAUAUAUGAAUUCAAAGACAGUUUCAACCGCGAAUAUACCUAAAAUAGCCAGUGACUUGGAAAUUCAAUCAAUCGGCGAUUCUUCUGCUCUAAAUAUAUGGGAAAUGAGAUAUUGGAACGAAAAGUUUGCCCAUGACAAAAAACCAUUUGUUUUUACUCUCUUAUUUGGUAUUCUAUUAAUUAUAAUUUUUAUUACCUAUCCUCAUACUUCUGAUAAUAAUAGUACGUUGAAUUCAAGUUCAAAAUCACAUAUUAAUUAUUCAAAUAAAGGUCAUUUUACUAUUGAAAAUAUAUUAAAUGGUGAGUUCAAUAUUGAACAAUCUACAUUUAAUUUUAUUACACCUCCAGAGACUUUAACUCGAUAUGAUAAAGAUCCAGGUCUAUAUUUCACUACAGAAAGGAAUAUAGGUGAAAGUACAAUUAGAUUUGUUGCUAAACAACUUUAUUCACCUACAUUUAAGAAAGAUUUAGGGAUAAAUAAAUUCAAUUAUGAUGGUGUAGAAUACGAGGUGGAUAUAAUAAAAGUUAGUUACAAGUUAGAUAAAGUUAUUUUAGGAACCAAUAUUAGACAACGAUUCAGAUAUUCUUCAUAUGGGCAAUAUUGGAUACGAGAUGUUGAAAGCGGUCAAAUAACUCCAUUAGUACCUUGGAAAGAUUAUAGUGAUCCAAUUGAGCUUUCAUAUGCAGACUUUUCACCUCAUUAUAAUUUUAUUUAUUUCAAUUAUAAAAAUAAUAUUUAUUUGCAACCAUUAUACAACAAUCUAAGAGGAACUGUGCAGAUCACUUUUGAUACAAGUGAAAAUAUUUUAAAUGGUAUUCCUGAUUGGGUUUAUGAGGAAGAAGUAUUAGCAAAUGACAAGGCUAUUUGGUGGUCACCAGAUGAUUCAGCAUUUGUGUUUGCCCAGUUUAAUGAUACCAAUGUUCCAUUAUAUACAUUUCCACUUUAUACAACAAAUGAACAAUAUUCCCCAUUCAAUGAAAUAAAAUAUCCUAAACCUGGUAGUUCAAAUCCAUCAUUAGUUUUAUUAAUGUUUAAUAUGAAAACAGGUGUUAUUAGUAGGAUUCCAACAUUGAAUGUUGAUAAAGACUUCAUUCUUUACGAUGUGCAAUGGAUUGAUAAUCGUAAUUUUAUAUUUAAGAUCACUGAUAGAUGCUCUAAAAAGCUUAGAGUCGUACAUCAUAAUGCUGCAAAAGAAGAGACCACGUUAGUUAGAUCUAUGGAUGCUUCCAAAUUCAAUGGGUGGAUUGAUAAAGCCAAGAAAGUUGUUCCGGUAUUACCAGAUAAACAAAAAAAUAGAGUUGACUCCGGUUAUUUGGAUAUUCAUGAGGAUUUCAAUGGAUUUAAUCAUAUAUUUUAUUAUCCUACUAUUACUACUUCAGUAGGUAUUCAAUUAACAUUUGGUAAUUGGGAAGUUACUAAUUCAGGUGCUGUCUGGAUUAAUUAUGAAGAUAAUAUUGUGUACUUCACCGCAAAUAAGAUUGGAACUAUGGGUCAGCAUCUGUAUGCAGUUCAUUUAAGCAAAACUGACAUAAAUGAUAAAAGCGUAAUAACUUUACAAAACCCACAUAAUGCAGAUAUGUAUUAUGAUUUUGAAUUUAGCUCUAGUACAAGGUAUACACUUAUGAGAAGAUUAGGUCCUCAUUUUCCAAAAGCUUGGGCAGGAAGUACAAAUAAUAUAAUUUCUAUGGGAGAGGAAGAACUAGUAAGUAGUGAUUUGGUGAUUAAUUUAUUUAAUGUACAAGCUUUAGAAAAAUUAUCAAAGAAAUAUGACUAUCCUAUAACAAGUUAUAAAACAAUGGAAUUAGAUGGUGGGGUAGAAAUUGAUUUUAUUGAGAUUAAGCCAGCUAACAUUGAUUUGAAAAAGAAAUAUCCUUUGUUAGUCAGUGUUUAUGGUAGUCCUGGUUCUACAACGUUUACUAAGAAAGCAUCUCUAUCACUGGAGGAAUCCGUUGUUUCAGGUUUAGAUGCGAUUGUGUUAAAAAUUGAGCCAAGAGGAACCGGUGGUAAAGGUUGGGAGUUUCGAUCAUGGGUGACAGGGAAAUUGGGAUACUGGGAACCACGAGACAUUACAGAAGUUUCAAGGAAAUUUAUUAAGCAUAAUAAAGGUAUUAUUGAUGAAGAUAGCGUAGCAAUUUGGGGUUGGUCAUAUGGAGGUUUCUCAACUUUAAAGACAAUUGAAUUUGAUGAAGGUAAAACAUUUAAAUAUGCUGUUGCUGUUGCGCCUGUAACAAAUUGGAAAUAUUAUGAUUCUAUAUACACAGAAAGGUAUAUGGGUUCAUUUGAAGAUAAUCAAAAAGGUUAUGAACAAACUGCGUUGGUUUCCAAUAUUGAUGCAUUCAAAAAUCUGAAUAAAUUCCUGUUAAUGCAUGGGACUGCAGAUGAUAAUGUUCAUAUUCAAAAUACAUACGACUUAGUGGAUAAACUAAUUUUGCAUGGUGCUAGAAAUUUUGAAAUGGAGAUAUUCCCUGAUUCAGAUCAUACAAUUGCAUUCCACAAUGCACAAAAAGUAAUUUUCGAGAGAUUAUAUUAUUGGUUUCAUGAUGCUUUUAGUGGUAGGUUUCAAAAUAAUAUCUAG